AAGUAGGGUUGUGGAAGUGCCGCGUCAAUUCGCAGACUUGUGACAUGCUAAAUUGAUUUGUUUCCCUAAGAAAUUAUCUUCUCUUGAAGUUUACUUCCUUGAUACUCUAUUUUUAAUACAUUUCAGACAACCUUCAAGAAUCUUAUUCCAAUUUAUAAGCAAAGUUAUCCAGUUUUGCCGUGUUUAAACUUAACUAACUUUUGUUUUCUUACGGAAUCAGCUGACUGCAUUGGACGUGAAACGUUAUUUUUACUUUUUUUUAUGCAGUCAUUUACACGCAAUACUAGUAAGGUGUAACUUGCCCUCAAAGUUCGUUUGAACCAGACGCCUCGAUAACUGCUUCGUCGAAUAAUAAUGAUAAUAAUUGCCUGUGAAACGUCUGGCUAAUAGAUUUUCAAAACGGAACCUCUUCCUUUCAAUCAAUGUGCCGUCGGAUUUUUUUCGCGUCAACUCCGGUUGUUUGAAUGUUUAAUAAUAAUCAAUGGAAACUGAUACUAUUACCAGUUACUAACUAACGGUUCUAUCUAGGUAGUGGUCUGGAACAGUUCACAAGCAACAACAAAAACAACUUGAUGGACUCUAUAAAGGAAGGAAACUUGCAAGUGAGGUCAUUGUGAGGUCUGCGAGUGUCCGACUGCAUCCAUUUCAUCAGCUGUUUCCACUUGAGGCUCUUCAUAAUCAUAGAAGUAAAUCGCCGUAUCAGUGUUAUCUCGUAGAUCUGUUGUAGAACUCAGCAAUAUGCGGGGACCAAAAAACAGUUCGAGAAGAGUUGCAGGACGAAGUGGUGGUGUCUCUGAACGAAGAAGACUCAGUUCAGAAGAAGACGACAGGCCGAAGCUCAAAAUGGAGAAGAGGGAGAAGCAGCAGGAUGCUAAUGAAAUCGGUCUGAGCUCCGCGGCAUUGUCUCUUCCACCAGAGAAGCUGGUGGCCCUCAAAGAAUUCAAGUCAAGAGUUGCAGGCCUUGCUCCUGAGGAGCAGCUUCAAGACCAUUUCCUCCUCCAGUGGCUAACAGCUCGAAAUUUCAACGUCGAUAAGGCCGAAAGCAUGUUCAAAAAAUCGCAGGACUGGCACAAGGAGCUGGACAUGGACCACAUCCUAGAGUGGGAGGCACCUGAAGUUCUCGUGAAGUAUGUCCCUCAAGGUUGCGUGGGUUUCGACAAGUUCGGAGGGACGGUUCUGAUCAUCCCGCACGGGCGUGUGGAUAUACGCGGUAUCCUGAUGAGCGUCACUCCCACGGAGCACAUCAAGUUCACGGUGCAGACCAUCGAGAAGUGCAAGGUGAUGAUGGCGGAGGAGAGCAAGAGACGAGGGUAUCCUGUGUGCCAGCAGACGUGCAUCUUUGACCUCGAGGGCUUCUCAUUCAAAGACUUCACAUGGAAACCUGCCCUGGAGUCUGUCAUCGCCCUCAUGCAAGUGUAUGAAGCCAACUAUCCUGAGCUCCUGCGCGUAGGAUAUGUCAUAAACGCUCCGAAAAUUUUCACGGUGGCCUUCACGCUAGUGAAGCCUUUCCUCCACGAGGCAACCAUCAACAAAAUAAAAAUUUUCGGUCGCAGCGGCUGGCAGGAAGAGAUCCUUCAGGACAUCGACGCUGAAGUCCUGCCCAAGCACUGGGGCGGCAACAGGGUAGAUCCUGACGGCAACGAGAUGUGUCCUUCACUGGUGUGCCUGGGAGGCGCUGUUCCCAAAGAAUAUUACCUCAAGAAUAAAGCUAAAGAGAACAGGCAGCACCUCACUACCAUCACGGUCCCCAAGGGCGGCAACGAAAAGCUCAGCUUCACAACUACCGAGCCUAAUUCAGUUAUCAAGUGGGAGUUCGAGACGGAGGACUACGAUAUAUCCUUCGGCAUCUACAAGCAGGACUUCCCCGACGACCACCUGGUCGCCCCCCACAGGGUCAACAGCCAUCUGGUCCCCGAAGAAGGGGAGGUCGUUUGUCCAUCCCCAGGCACUUAUAUCGUUCAGUUCGACAAUUCGUUCAGCUAUCUACGGGCCAAGAAACUUCACUACAGCGUGGCAGUUCUAAAGCCGCAGAACUAAGCGCAUGGAGCCGCUGUUUGAGCAAUAUCAAUUAGGCUGAAACACAUCAACUAUCCUAUUCUUUUAUCUCGUAAAUAUCGCAUAAAAAUGUUGCUUCUCUACUGUACACGACGGACUGGUUUAUUCAAUUCAUUAUGCAUAAUUUAUAAUGAAAAAUGUCAUGCCUCGCCAUCCAUAGAAUGUCUUCGAGCUAUGUUGAACGUAUCAGCAUUUCAUAUAAUAACUUUUCAGUCUAAUAAAUUGCCGCGUCCACAUAUCGAAUGAAAAUUGAUUUCAAUAGAAAAAAAAAUCAAAUUCAUUGCUUUGAACCUGACAAAGUUGAUUAUCUUUGAUCAAAACCGCGAUUUUUUCAAGGAAUAUAAGUGCAUGCUGAACUGCAGUGUUUCGACUUGGGAUCUCAUACCGAAAAAUGGCCGAUAGUUAGUGAGAUAACAGAGUCUUGACGCUUUAAACUUCCCUCGUAUUUAUAUAUUAAAUCCUUAUUUGUUCAACAAAAUGAAACUUGUUCUCUGGCAAAUGAGGAUUAUUUUCAAAGAUGAUAUGUACAAUCAUGCGAUUUUUUUUUCAAGAUGAAGCUUCUAUUUUUGAAUACUUUUUUUGGAAGACCAAGUUGCAAUAUUUGCUAGAAAAUUUCGUUGUAGUGCACUUAAAUAAAAAUUCUUAGUUAAAAUAUUUCGUUCGCUAAAAAGUUAGCGCCCACAUGGAUAAAAUGGAUGCGUGCAUUGCAAUUCUACAGACUAGUUUUCUGCUACGAAGUGCAUUUUUAGAUAAGAGAAACUGAACCGAAAUAUGAUAUGCAUUUUCCAUCUAGUACGGUUGAGUUAAACUACCUAUCUCGCAACGUAGGUAGUGAUAGCAUUACAGGAAAGUUCAACCAAAUAACUACUCUACUUGUUCACUCAAGUUAGCCUAAUCUUACUUAAGGCGUGACGAUAACCGCGUUUUCCUCACACAAAGGGCAUACUCGAACCAAAGAGCUGUUGCAAUAUUCCUCUCCAUUAUUAUAAAGCCUCUGGAAGAAUUUUAUCUCUAUAAGACUAAUUGAAUUCAUUCCUUCGGAGUCUCUGGUGCGUGAAUUUCUUCUUUGGUUUUCUCUUCGAAAAAUCGCAACUUCGAACACUAGGUCUCUAUUUAAAUGUUGUUCGGUGCCAGUUGUGAUGUUUAGUACCUAUGUAUGAUGUUACUGAACCAUAGCCUUUAGAUUUUGUAGAGAAGUUUCCUGACUCGAGAUGAUUAAUGUUUUUGUAUAUUUUGGUCAUAGUUUUCCAGUUUCAGACUGUAGAAAUGUGAUAUUUUCCUAUGCCUUUUAUUUGAAAAACGAACUACGACUGUCGGCUGCGACCCACAAAUGAAGAAGCCAUGUGGUCGUGUUUAUAUAUUCCCAAAUAAUAAAACUCAAGCUUA